UUCAACACAUCCGACGGUUUCUACUCGAUCAGACUGUCCUCUCAGCAUCCCUAUGUGAGCCUGCUAAAUGGGCACCGGCCACGUCUUCGAAAAGCAUCUCGCGUAUGUAUUUUGUGAGUGAGUGGCAGGAUAUGGAAGAAACCCUUUAAAAAGUGAAUAAGAGAGAGUACAAAGAAAGUGUGAAGUUAGAGAAUUUGGUGCAGUUUUGGAUAGCAUCGUGUGCUUAAUAUUUCAGGAGGAGGAAUCUUUUUGAAGAAGAAGAAGAAGGAAGUGGAACUGUUGUUUCUCUGUAGGCUUUAAGAUUUCUCUCCUCUUCUUGUUUUUUUUCUUUGUAAGGUGCAUGACUUGAGGUUGAAAGGAAGAGGACGAUCUUUGUAUUUUUGACCUUGGAUGUUGAUUUAGCUGAGCUUAUGUAGAUCAAAAGGACUACAUUGUGGGUAGUGAUUAGGGAGGAAACUGGAUAUGAAUAUGCUGGUGGGGACAUGCUUGAACCAAGGGAAGCUGAUAUACCUGUCCUGUUUCUUGUCUUGGUUGUGCUUCCUCUGGUUGCUUACAUUUUGCUUGGGAAAUGGACUGAGUCUGCAAAGAAGAGAGAGAGGAUAAGUUUGCUUGCUCAACUGGCUGCCGAAGAAGCUUGUAGAGCAGAAGUGAUGGCUACCACCCAUGUCAUUCCUCCCAUGUCUACUUCAAAGAAUGGAAUUCAAGUUUGUGCCAGAUGCUUUAGUCCAGCUACAACCCGCUGCUCCAGAUGCAAGUCUGUUAGAUAUUGUUCUGGAAAGUGUCAGAUAAUUCAUUGGAGGCAAGCCCAUAAGGAAGAGUGCCAACUGUUGGAAACUACCAGUUCAUGCUCAUCUCCUAUGGCUACCUCAUGUGAUGAAUCCAUCCCCGAGAGGUUAUCAAUCAAUGAUGGCAUGGACUUAUUUUCCUUAAGGUAUAAUAGCAAGCAGCCUACAAUGGAUAUUGGUCCUUCAGUCAAUAAUGUCCAUCUCAUAUCAAGCACUGGCGCUUCUGCUGCUGUUAAUUGUCCUGCAAUUGAUACCUCUCAAGAGGCUAUGAUGCUACACAGAAGAAGCACAAACAAGCAAGUUUCAUGCAAAUCAAACAAAGAAAUGUUAAGAAGACAGGAAGUGGCUGUAUUCGAUUCUUCCCAAGAAACUGCUGGAAUCAGACCCACCAAUUUAACUUCUUCUAGUAGUAUCUCUAAUGUUUUUGUUAAUGGGCAAGACAUUACUAGUGCUAUGGAUGAGACUCACAAGUAUUCAAUACAACAUCAGAAUUUGUCCAAAUCAAGAAGCAACUGCGCCUCCUCAAGCUCAUUGAAUGCUGGAAAAUAUGGAACAAAUGCAGAUUUCUCUAAUGCGGAAGCUUCUUUUAAUGGUGAAAUGACAGGACCUAAAUAUUCUUAUGAAUCACCAGUUACAAAUGAAAAUGUGAAGGCUAAUAGUGGAUUGCAUCCCAUGGGAAACAAAUCUUCUAAAUCAUCAAAAUCAAAGAUAAAAGUCUCUGGAGAUCAAUCAUAUACUGAAAUAGAUGGAAAAGGGCAACUUACAGAUGAUUCAAAAGUUGCAAGAAUGAGCAAUGCCAACCCUGCACCAGGAAGCAAUGGGGUUACAAGCAUCGAUAUUAUGAAGAUGAUGGGUUUAAGGAAGUCAACAAAACUUGCCAGACAAGAUAUAGCAGAAAUUAAUGUUAUUCACAAAACAACAAGGAUGCUGUUCCCUUAUGAAGAAUUUGUGAAGAUCUUCAAUUGCGAAGUUAUUAACUUAACACCCAGAGGACUUGUAAAUUGUGGAAACAGUUGCUAUGCCAAUGCUGUCCUUCAAUGUUUAACCUGCACUAAACCUCUGAUCAUCUUCUUGCUUCGUAGAUCACAUUCAAGAGCAUGUUGUGGGAAGGAUUGGUGUCUCAUGUGUGAACUUGAGCAACAUGUAAUGAUGUUAAGAGAAUGUGGGGGCCCUCUAUCUCCUAGUAGAAUCCUUCUUCAUAUGCGUAAAAUUAAUUGCCAGAUUGGUGAUGGAAGUCAGGAAGAUGCACACGAGUUCUUAAGGCUUCUGAUUGCAUCAAUGCAAUCCAUUUGCUUGGAGAGACUGGGUGGUGAAGACAAGGUUGAUCCUAGAUUGCAAGAAACAACUUUUAUACAGCAUACUUUUGGUGGGCUUCUUAGGUCAAAGGUCAAAUGUCUGAGGUGUCAUCAUGAGUCAGAGCGAUAUGAGAAUAUUAUGGACCUUACUCUAGAGAUAUUUGGUUGGGUUGAGUCACUUGAAGAUGCAUUGACUCAGUUUACAACCCCUGAAGAAUUGGAUGGAGAAAACAUGUACAGAUGUGGAAGGUGUGCUGCAUAUGUCCGAGCCAGGAAGCAGUUGAGCAUACAUGAGGCACCAAACAUCCUGACAAUUGUUUUGAAGAGAUUCCAGGAGGGAAAAUAUGGGAAAAUAAACAAAUGUAUCACGUUUCCUGACAUGCUGGAUAUGAUCCCAUUUAUGACUGGAAUGGGUGAUGUCCCUCCUCUUUACAUGCUUUAUGCUGUUGUGGUACAUUUGGAUACCCUGAAUGCAUCUUUUUCUGGACAUUACGUUGCAUAUGUAAAAGAUUUGCGAGGCAGCUGGUUCAAGAUAGAUGACACUGAGGUUCACCCAGUAUCAAUGAGCCAGGUGAUGUUGGAAGGAGCAUACAUCUUAUUUUACAAGAGGUCCUGUACUCGCCCUCAAAAGCUAAUUUGUGAGAAACCUAUCGGGCAACAAGUUCCUGUAUCUUCAAGACACUGCACAUCAAGAACUCAGAAACCUUCAAGACAAGGACAGAGAAGAUGCAGCAGCCACUGUGUUGGCCCAGAGGUUUCAUUGGAUCUCAAACCAGAAAAUGGUUCUGGCCUUGCCAACUAUGCUAAUGGCAUUCCAAGGAGGAGUUCAAGCAAAAAUAUCACACAGGUGAUGGAUUUCUCUGAUGCUACCUCAAGUGAUUGGUCCAUUUUUACAAGCUCAGACGAGGCAUCUUUCACAACCGAGAGCACCAGAGACUCUUUCAGUACUGUAGAUUAUGCUGAUGCAUGCAAUGUAGAUACAUUCUCCUCAAUUUUCAAUGAUCUGUAUGCUCCAGAAUCAUCUUACCGGAAUACUAUUUGCCGUAGAACAUUUUCAUAUAGUAGGCCACAAACUAGGUUCAUCUUGGAGACGGGCCAUGUUUUGGAUUCAUACUCAUCAACCCAACCUCCAGGGCAUGGAAAGGAGAGAAUUCUACACAGGUCUGUGAUUCAUCAACCCAAUUCCUCACGGACAGUUCCUGCACCAUGUCUGUAGGAAAUGGGAGAAUCACAAAGUAUGGUCUUGUUUGAUCUUCUGGUCAUUGCAGACUAUAGUGUGUAAAUCCCUAAUCAUGACUAGUGACUUGGCUAGGUAGAAGCUGUACCUCAAAAUUUUUGUUUUCAAUACUUGGUUGAUUGGGGCAUGUGGAUUGUUUUAGAGUCCCUAGGAAAGGAAUAUUCUUGUUAUUAUUGAAAAUUGUAAAGUGCCAGCAUAUCCAGUGUCCCCGUUUGUUUUAGUUUGUUAGUAUUUUUCUAUAAUCCUAAUAGAAAACUAAUUUUUCA